CGCAACGAUGUCAUCAAGGACCUCUAUCGGGAAAGUCUUUUUGGCCGGCGGUGUUGUCGGACUAGGAUAUUACGCGUACAUGCGCCAGUACUGGUUCCCCAAGACGUCGAAAACCGAGCCCAAUCCGUUCAGGACUCAGGGGGUGAAGAACAUUGAGGAUCGGUACACUGCUGGCGGAGGCAUGCCCAACCAUCAGCCAGGAACGGCGACCAAGGCUGGAGAUUCAAGCAACGUGGAAACACGACAACAGGGCGUUAGCAAAGGUCCCGAUUCCGCAGAAUUUGCUGGCAAGAUCAAUGAUCAAAAGACUGAGGAAGGCGCUUUUCCCGAUAAAUUUUACCAGGCACAAUACGGCAACCCGAAAGGCAAAUGAGACCAUGUUCCCAAGAUGCACAUUGACCUUCAAGCGAUGCGAUUCCCGGUCAUGGGAGUAUUGGGGCUUGGCCCUAUCUUAUUGGAAGAAGCACAGCUUUGACGUUUGAUGAUUGCAUGUAUAAGAAUCUUGUACAUCAAUACGCUAUUUCCAUUCCAUCACAGCAUUUCCCCUUGUCGGCGGCGAAACAAGGAGCUUUUGUAAAUUAUCAUGUAAAAGUACGGGAUGGUUUCUCUGAUAUUGUUGUCCUCAGAGGUACGCGAAAAGCGCUAUUCUCAGUUGCUCAUUAGGUAUAAAUUAAGCUGCCAUAUUGCACAGUGGAUGAGGCAAUUGGACAGCUAAGCUUCA